UUCCUUCUUGUGAUAUCAGAAAAAGUUCCGUUUGAAGGAACCACUUUUACAUUUUAACACACAAGGUUAAGGACUGUCUUACAAACCCACAGAAAUGGCUUCCGAGUACAUUGAAGAGCAGUUCAAGUGUAGCAUCUGUCUGGACAGCUUCAUCAACCCAACCUCCAUACCAUGCGGCCACAACUUCUGCCUGGAAUGCAUCAAGCAAUUCUGGGACACCCAACAAAAAACACAAUGUCCCCUUUGCAAAGAGAUCUUUCUAAAUCGCCCUAACCUCAGAAUCAACAUGGGUUUAAGAGACAUCACUGACCAGUUUCAAAGAUCUCUGAAGGAAAAAGCAAAAAGCAAGAAAGCCCCACCUAGAAGAGCCAACUCAGAACAAUCCAUGAAAUCCGAGGGCGUUCCUUGUGACAUCUGCCGGGGAAGCAAGCUGGCGGCUGCGAAGUCGUGCCUGGUCUGUCAGGUGUCUUACUGUGAAAUCCACCUGACUCCUCACCUGAGGGAUCCGGUGAUGAUGAAGCACAGGCUCACGGAUCCAGCUACCUUUGCCUUCCGCCACGUCUGCAGAAAGCACAACUGGCCUUUGGAGAUGUUCUGCAAGAAAGAGCAGAUGCCCGUUUGCACCAAAUGCGCCGAGGGUGACCAUAAACACCACGAGACGGUACCUGUGGAGAGGGAGAGUAUAAGGAUCAAGACUCAGAUAAAGAACACCCAAAUGGAGAUCCAAGAAAUGAUUCAUGCCCGACUGAGAAAGACUGAGAAGAUAGCGCAGUCACUGGAGAUGAGCAGAUUGGCUAAAGAACUUGGGGUGCAGAAGAGUGCAAAAAUUCUCACGAUUGCAAAGACGGCUGUUGAGAGACACCAGGAUUUGCUCACUGAGGAGAUUGAGCAGAAGCAUGAAGAAGCAGAGGCGAAAGCGGAGGAGUUUGUGCAGGAGCUCCAGCGUGAGCUGUUGGAACUGCACAGCAGGAACAAUGACCUGCAGCAGCUGGAGGAAAACAAGGACCCUCUUUGUCUGCUGCAGAGCUACUUGUGUUUGAGUGCUCCGCUGUCCAUGAGGGACUGGUCCAAAGUCAGGGAUGAGCCAGAGAUUUACAUGAGGACCGUGAGGAGGUCUUUCACUGAGCUGCUGGAGAUCUGCCAUGAACUCGAGCACAAACUGUUAGCUGAAGAACUAAGCGAGAUAAGUAAAUAUUCAGUGGAUGUAACUCUGGAUCCUGCGACUGCUGCCGAAUGGCUUGUUUUAUCUUCAGAUGGUAAAAAGGUGGCUCUGAGCCCCCAGCAGAGGAGACAAUCUCUGCCUCAGAGCCCUCGCAGGUUUGACUCCUGCGUCGCCGUUCUGGGCAAACAAAGCUUCACUUCUGGUCGACAUCUCUGGGUGGUUCAGGUUGGGGAUAAAUCCGACUGGGAUCUCGGUGUUGCCAGAGAGUCCAUCAACCCUAAGGGUUCUAUAACCGUCCGUCCCGACAGCGGUUUCUGGGCCAUCUGCAGACGUAACGGUGGGAGUCUGCGAGCCUGUGCGGGACCUUCAGUCACGCUCAACCUCCAUGAAACGCCAUUCCUGAUCGGCAUAUUUCUGGACUACGAGGAGGGCUCUGUGUCCUUUUACGACAUAGCUGCAAAGACUCACAUCUAUACUUUCAGCAACUGCGCCUUCACCGAGCCUUUGUACCCUUACUUCAACCCCUGUCUCAUUAACAAUGGGAAAAACACAGAGCCACUGGUCAUCUGCCCUGUGGACAUUAUGCCCACUGAAAGUGUAGCGGUUUGAACAUUCAAAUUGAGCUAAUAUGGUGGAAUACAAAACAUUUUGGUAGUUGAAUAUGUAGGUUUUACAUAUAUCUUUUUAAAUUGUAACUUUUUGUCAGGAGUCAGGCUCGGUCUCCCACUUUGGUCACCGGCGGGAGUUGUCUCCAGAGUAUUGACAGCACUAUAUCUCCUAGUAACCCCAAGAUGCUGCUCAGCUGACACUCAGUGACAAGCACCCACAUGAUACUUAAGCACUGCACAUAGUCUCUCUCAGUGCGAAGUAUUGUUUGUGCCAUCCUGCCUCCAUUACUGAGCGUUUCUCUCUGGAUUUGAUCUUCUGUUUACGUAACCUUGCCUCUUUUCUGAUUUCAUGCCCUGACCCUCACCUGGACUCUGACACCUCUAAUCUCUUCUUUGAUGCUCUUAUGCUCUUGAUUGACCUCUGCCUGUCUGACCCGAAUUUAGUUUGCAGACUUUAAACACUUGAUUAAGAAAAAGAAGAAUGGUGUCCUAAGACCUUGCAUUGACUACCACAGCCUGAAACUGGUGUGACUGACAAUGGCAACUUAGAACAUGAUCAAAUGUAACAAAAUCCAAACUAAACCACUGAAUCCAAACACUUUUAAAGCUCAGAUUUGGCUCUGUCUACAUUUACACAUACAAACAAAUGCAGCUUUUCCUCCUUCUAUAAUUUCUGCUGAAAUGUGCAAACCUCAGUUAGUUUUAAAGCUUUUUCCCCCCUACUACUCACCUUUUUCUCCAAUUCAGAAAUAUAUACAUUAAACGACACUGUAACAUCUUACUUUAUAUGGAUUUGGAGUUUCCAAUUUUUUUGUGACACUCAAAGUGGUGUGUUCAUUUUUGACCAAAGUGUAUUUUCACAGCUACACAUAAAUAUUUUCACAGGUACACAUAAAAACCAUGGCUAGAUGUGUCCAUGCCAAUGUUGGUCUGAAUGCAACCAAUGUUUUGUGUGUUUUCAUGUGAUGUUUUUGUUUGUUUGUUUGAUUUUAUUAGAGAUUUUAGUAUCUUAGCAAUAAAAGUUGUACUUCUCUCUUAAUGUAGCAACAUUGUAGGGGUGGGAUUAUAUAAGUUUGCUUUUUCCCACUCCCUUUCAAGCAAUCAAUCAAACUUUUCUUGACUUUAAUUAAGAAUUACUACAUUCAAUGAAUCAAAUGUGACAUUUCUGGAAUGAGUUAGAAAAAUCUGUGUUUUGUACUUUAUUGUCCACAGUCUAUGAAACAGACCCAAUCGAUCGAUCGAUCGAUCAAUCAAUCAAUCAAUCAAUCGUGUUUUUGUUUUGGUUAUUUCAUUUUUUAACAUAUAGAAGUGAAUUUAUUUACUUUUUAAAAAAACUUUCCAUAUAGCUUUGCUACAAAGACCACUGAAAAGAUUUUACUGUUUGACUAGAGUUGUUGUAUGUAUGAGUAGUGUAAAGCUGUGUUCACACCAAGUCAAAUAUACAGAUGAGAUCAAAGGUCCUGUGGUGUGAUUUCAGUGUUGGGAGUGGUGCAGCAGUCAGGCAAUAGAGCAGUUCGGGAACCAUCCGAGUUCAAAUAUCUGAACUUUGGCAAAGAACUUGUGUCCCAUCAACAAAUCAGGAACUAAACUUUGGCCCAUGUGUUGAUGAUGUGAUCAGGAAGUGGAGUCCAUUACCAACAUACUGAACUUUGCAAUUUUUAAUUUAUUUUCAUCAAAACUAUAAACAAAAAAAAAAUCUAUUUUGAUAUUUUUCCUCCUCCGACUAGUCAUCAAACUGGAUCACAGAGAUAUAGAGAAGUGACCAUCAUUGAGAUGCAGCUCCUGCAGUAGAUGGUGAACAUCACCAAACUGGGAGAGUCUCUGAAUGAUCUCAUGAACCCAGACAUGGAGACGUCAAGGAUCAGAUUAUUGAAUAAGAUAAGUAGUAAAAUUUGAAACAUAUAAUGGAAACAAGUUUACAGUGUGGUGGAGAGAUAGUCAUGAAAUAACAGUAAAGAAGGAGAAACCAUGUGGGAUAAGUUAGGCAGCAUAGACUGAAGAGAAAAAGAGAUCGUACAACAAAAGGCAAGAAGUGAAGGGAAGAUGGAGACAGAGUGACAAAGAAAUGAAUAAAGAAAUCAUCAGAUAAGUACAGAAAAGCCAGUUUGUUGAGACAAAAUAAUAAUGUUUUAUAAAAUACAGAACAUGAUCCGGAUGCGACAUUUGCUUUGACUAAAUGACUUAGUUACAGCGGCCAGGUUCACACUGCCUGUCAGCAGACUUGUUACUCUCAUGGGAAGUAUUUGGCUUAGAGCAGUUGAGUGACGGCAUCAGCCUUUAGGGUGUUUAAUUGUCUGCUCAAAAACUACUUUGUCUUUCUCUCUGUUUAACACGAAUCUCCACCCUAUUGUUGGAAUUCAUCAACAAUUACAAAAUAUUUUUUAAAAGUAAUUUCCAAAGUUGUAAAAUAAUGCCAUAAACACUCCUGCUAGAACUUGUUUGACCUUUUAUGGUCUCGGUGUUUUGAGGAUUUGUCUAUUUUUUGUGUAAUUGUUUUUUAUAAACCUUUUUUGUUUUUGUUAUCUGAACCCUGAUUGGCUGUAGACCACUGUCAAUUAAUCUCCUACAUGCUUUGUCUCCUGUACAGAAUGUAUUCAGUUUGCUAAAUUUGCAUAAAUCUUUGAUGGCAAGCACAUCUUUUCUUUUAUUCUAUAAUACUUUUUUCUUAUUAAGGUGUAAAUGUGAAAAAAAAUAAAAAUGUUGUCUGAGAAACGUGUAUAAAGUGUGUUUUGAGGAUUUUUGUAGUGGAUUUCAUCUAUCGCGCAUAACCAAAGGACCAUUGUAUAACCAAAAAAGAGCUUAAAGGCAAAACAUCAAAAAUGUAGAUUCUAAAACUUCAAAACUAA